CGCGUGCAUCGUUAUCAUAGGACUGCGGGUCGAGGCGGCCUCUUCGACGAUGCCGAUGAAGCGUUGACCCACCGUCUGCUGCUUUCAAGAUGGGGGACGCCCUCGGCGCCAGAAACGUCUACAUGGCGGUGCUUCGGAGGACCGGCGAGAAGCACAUCGAGUCGCUGGUGGGCUACGGACGCCUCGCGCUCAUGUCCAACCAGGCGGACAAGGGUGUAUCUUCGUUGCUCAGGGCUAUCAUGACGGCCCAGAUGCCAUGGUGUGGUGCCGUCUGGACCCAUGACGUGCAGCCUGCCGCUGAUUCUACUGCUGCGGGGGAAGCUACAUACGCCGCUCCUGCUGAUUCUGCUGUUACAAUCGCUACUGAAGGCGGAGAUAUCCCGCGUCGCUGAACUUCACGUGUCUGUCGAUUUGAGCUCUAUCCCAUGUGGAGGCUUUUCGUUCGGGGGCUAGGCAUGCAGUAGGCGCGUCUGAUGGUCUUGGUGUUUCACGAGAAUUGAGUUGAUCUGUUUAAUGCUUUCCGUUCCGUGUGUGAGCGAAGUGUUACAGGGUGUGGUGUCCACUCGCCCUGUCCAAGUUACGUAAAUUGCACUGCUUUAGUACAGGCAGGUAUUGCUGCCUGGCAGAGACACGCCGGGAUCGGUUUCAGUAUUGAGACGUACAGGUAUAGAUUGACUUAGUGUUGCCGUCUUUACGCCUUAACACGCGGGAGGCGGUUAUCAUUU